UGAGAGGAGCAGAAAAGGAGAGGAGGAGGGAUAGCUUUCUGCACUUCAUCUCGGACAGACGCACGCACGGUGGCGGGACCGACGCACCCGGAGCCAUCAGAGAAGCCGCUGUGAUCUGCUCCUGCCGCCGGCACCGCGCGCGCUCUGCUCGGAGAGCAAAGUUUUCUGGAGCGCACCGUGUCUGGACCCGCUUGAUUGUGCAUUAUUUUAUUUUAUUUUUUUUCCUUUUUCAAUUUACCAUUUUUAUGAAGCAAGACACUUACUUUUUCUGCGGACUUUAAAAGCAAGCUGAGGAAUUUUCGAAAACUUUUUUUUUUUGUUUUGUUUAAUUUUUGUUUUGUUUUUGUUUUUUUGCACAGAAUGGAAGGUAAAUUGACAAGUCGUCUGUGGCGAGGAUCACCGUGUGGAUCUUUGUGCAGGUAAAACGCGCUAUGACCUGAGCGUGCCAGCGGCUGGAUUUAAUACACAGAGCAACAAUUCACACCUCUUACAUUUGGUAGUUUUAGUUGUAGUCUGGAAGAGUUUUUUUUUUUCUCUCUGGGAGAGACAGUUUUUUAAAAGUCGACUGCUUUCAUUCAGAAGGGAAUCCAGAAAGCACGUCCCCCGUUUCCGCCAGUCGGGCUGCCGUAGAUGGUUCAAUUUGUCAAUCGUUACCGCAUAGAGUCUUUGAAGGAAAUGACUGUUUCCUCACACUGUCUGUAGACGUUUUUAGCAUCUCGCUGCUUCCCACCAGACAUUUAAGCUGUUUGAGCGCACGGAGCGCUUUCACUACUCUUUUUUUUUUUUUUUUUUUUUUUUUUUUUUCUUGGAGGGGCGUCCGUGUUCACCCAAGACAAGAACUGUGUGCAUUUAGUGUUACACCAACAACUAAGCACUUUCCAAGAGAUCCGGAUAAAUCGACGAGACUUGCCGUCGGUGCAUCCUUCGGGGAAAAGGAAGUCUUAAAUCCACCUGGCCUGCACGAGGAUUAUUGGGUUGAUAUCGUCUGCAGAAAGUUGGAUUACGGCUCCUGACGGACUGACAUCCCCGAUCGGUGGCAGCAUGAACCUGGGACUGGGUUGUGUGUGUCGGCCAACUUGCUGGCCCUUUGGCAGCCUGCUGGACUCCAGACACUGUGUCUUUGCCCUCACCCUGCUCACGCUGCUCAUGCAGGUUGUGGUGGAGGCCAACUCCUGGUGGUCCCUGGCCAUGAAUCCCUUGCUGAUCCCUGAGGCCUACAUCAUCGGUGCCCAGCCGCUGUGCAGCCAGCUGGUGGGGCUGUCGCAGGGCCAGAAGAAGCUGUGCCAGCUCUACCAGGACCACAUGCAGUACAUCGGGGAAGGGGCCAAGACGGGCAUCAGAGAGUGCCAGUAUCAGUUCAGACACCGGCGCUGGAACUGCAGCACAGUGGACAACUCCUCAGUGUUUGGACGGGUCAUGCAAAUAGGCAGCCGGGAAACGGCGUUCACGUACGCCAUCAGCGCAGCGGGGGUGGUGAACGCGGUGAGCCGCGCCUGCAGGGAGGGGGAGCUCUCCAGCUGCGGGUGCAGCCGCGCCGCGCGGCCCAAAGACCUGCCGCGGGACUGGCUGUGGGGCGGCUGCGGAGACAACCUCAACUACGGCUACAGGUUCUCCAAGGAGUUUGUGGACGCCCGCGAGAGGGAGAAGAGCUAUCCCAAGGGCUCGUACGAGAGCGCACGGCUGCUGAUGAACCUCCACAACAACGAGGCGGGAAGGAGGACGGUGUCUGACCUUGCCCACGUGUCCUGCAAGUGCCACGGCGUGUCGGGCUCCUGCAGCCUGAAGACCUGCUGGCUGCAGCUGGCCGACUUCCGGAAGGUGGGCGACGCGCUGAAGGAGAAGUACGACAGCGCCGCCGCCAUGAAGCUCAACUCGCGCGGGAAGCUGGUGCAGAUGCACAGCAGGUACAACGCCCCCACCAACCACGACCUGGUGUACAUCGAGAACAGCCCGGACUACUGCAUGAAGAACCAGAGCACGGGCUCCCUGGGCACGGUGGGGCGCCUCUGCAACAAGACCUCGGAGGGGAUGGAUGGGUGCGAGCUGAUGUGCUGCGGCCGAGGCUACGACCAGUACAAGGCCCAGAUCGUGGAGCGCUGCCACUGCAAGUUCCACUGGUGCUGCUACGUCAAGUGCAAGCGCUGCACCAAAAUCGUAGACCAAUUUGUCUGCAAAUGAAGAGGAGCGUUUUGCCUGCAGACGAUGGGCGUGCAUCUGUGUGUGUUCGUGGGAAGAGGAAAAACAGAGUCUGAACACAGAAUGGAAGAAAGAAACUAUAUAAAUUAUAUUUAUAGAGUUAAACAAUUAUGCCAUUGCAAAAAGACUGACUUUUUUUUUUCCAAAAAAAAAAAAUCUUAUGUUUUCAGAAACUGAGAGUAUUGUUAAAUAUUUAUUUUGAGAUUGCUAUGUUUUAUUUGGGCCCAGUCAUCACCAGCCAGUUUCAAACCCUUCAAGUGCCUAAAACUGGCCAGUCUUCCCUGACCCCACCCUGCUCACCUUUUUUUUUUUUUUUUUUAACUUUUAAACCUUUUUAUUCAAGUAGACCGUUUUUCUUGUCAGAUGGGUCACCCCGAUUGGGGGAAAAAUUGGACUGUGUUUCCCCAUUUCCUCCUGAGUAUGGUUUGAUAUUUGUGGCACGGCUGACUAAGAAGCUCCAGUGUGUUGAGAAAAGUGUGUGUGCUGCAGUGCAGGGAUGUUAUUUCCACGGGCCCGGUCCCAAACCAGUCUUCACAUCCUCACCGAAGCGUACUUGUCUCUUCUCGCCACAUAAUCGAUGAGUAACACUGUUGGUUCGUGCGAUUCUUUGUCAAACAAUGGGUACAAGAAGAGGGCUGUUUGGGGGGAUUGGUCCCUUUUUUUUUUUGUUUUUUUUUAAAGCCUUCGAGUUCCCCAGGUGCUGCAACAAGCCCUCCACCAUUAUGCACUUUGAUACAGAGGCUUUAACCUGUCUGUAUGUGUCUGUUCAGCUGUUAUCAAUAUAUCAAUAUUUUAGCCUCCAUUUUUUUUUCCAUAUUAAAUCAGAUUAUCCAUUUAACAAUAUUUUACAAUACUUAACAUGGUUUGAAUAUAUAUGGGCAAUGUUGUGGUUACAGUGGUGAAUUAUUCCGCGCUCUGUGUAUAUAGUAUGUCUAUCCAACCAAUCAAUAAACUGUAUUUAUUUUCUUUAACCAGAUCCUAUUUUUUAAGCUUAAAACAGGAAAUAAAAAAAAAAAAACAAUCUCCGUGAUACAUCGAUACAAUUCCCGUAGUUUAGAAAUGUUUCUACCAAUGCGGCUCUUCACUGUUUUUGUAAAAGGGAAAUGCACCUUAUUGUUUUGAAACGUGUUCUUUCUUCUCACUCAUCUUUAAAUGAUACACACACACACACACACACACACGUUGUAUCACAGAUGUUGAGAUUGUAAUGUCGCCACAGAGUUCCAGUACCACUCCAGUUAACUACUCACUAUCCCUGUGAUGAUUCUGAAUAGACAAACUAUUCCCACCAAUCCAACUGUGUAUAUUUAUAAGCUUCUCUAUGAAUUUGAGGUUUGUUAAACUUGACGUGUAAUAGCUGAUAUUUUGUUACUUUUUACAAAUUGGCUCAAUGCUCUACUUUGUUUCAAUAAAUAUCAAAUGUAAAACC